AUGGCCAUCCGCGAGAAAGCCAGGAACUUCUUCAAGAAGUCCAACCGCAGUGAGAAUGGCUCGCAGCUGUCCAAGUCAUCGACACAAGCGUCCGACAGAGACCGCUGGCCUAGCAAUGUCUACAAGCCUGGUGAGCCAAUGCCACGACCGAAGUACAGGGCACCGCCAAAGAAAGAGCACAAGGAGAAACUAGAGUCGUUCAGCUUCGCAGAAGCAUGGAGAAGGCGGAGCUUCCAGAGCCAGUACAGUCCUAUGGGAACGAGGGCGCCCAGCAGGAGGAACAGCUCGAAGCAUGGCAGCAGAAGGAACAGCUGGCUGAGCAUGGGCAGGAAAAGCUUCAGUGGAAAGAGUACAGAGGGCGGCAGGUCAAAUAGCAUUACUAGCGGGGAGACUGAAAAGAGCGGCGUGAGGCAACGAGAACACUUGGGCGCUGCAAGGCCUCCGGCGUUAGGCAAUCAGCCAGAGGCCGAAGGCGAUGAUGAUGUUGGUAAUGUCGGAAUGUCGCGUGUGCAAUCGAAAGAUCACGUCAUAGUAUCGAGGCCACGCACAUCCGAAGGCUUGCCCAAUGGCACAGCCAACGGUCUCGCCAACGGUGUCCCGAACGGCAUCCCAAACGGUCUGACCCAGACUUUAAGUACCGCACAUGAUCAUCGUCCAUUCACCGAAGGAGACUUUGCUCUAGCACUUCAACGCUCACAUUUAGCCGUACCGACUCAGGGCUGA